AUGGGUCGGCUCGACCGGAGUGAUACCACGACCUCACAGAAAACCGGCGUGAAACAACCACAGCGUUGUGUUUCGCCAUAUUACGAAAAAUUCGAUUUUAUUAUUGUGGGAGCCGGUACAGCUGGUUGUGUGUUGGCAAACAGAUUGAGCGCAAUACCAGAUUGGAAAAUAUUGCUUAUUGAAGCCGGUGGUGAUGCACCGAUAGAAGCCGUUGUAUUGGCGGCGCAGCUUUGUACAGAACAAAAUAUGAUUGGUCUUACCAGACUGCUCCAAACGGAAGAACCAAUGGAGCAAAUAUAG